GGUAUGGUUCGUGCUUACGUAAUCAUACGUUCUUCAACAGUCAACUCUGUAUGCGCGUUUAUUUCACUUUAGUACGUCCACAAUAUUAAAAUUACAAGAAUACAAAUUACAAUCCAUUGACAACUUCAGACAACUACUGAUAUAAGUAUAUCGAAGCAAGCCAGUUAACCCAUCAAUUCAUUAUUAAUAGGAUAGGUCAGCAUCUCUUUAUUUUGUUUAGCCUAGCUACUAGAUAUCCCAACCUCCAGAGACUAUGUCGAGGCUCUACUAUUUACAAGACCAAUUAUCAAUAAUCAAGCUGGAGGUUACAUGAUUACCUAAAUAUUACCCAGAUAGCGGAGCUACUACUAACUAGCAGGUAACCGUUACAGAUCCAAUAUGCAUCUCUGUACCUAGGCAUAUGCCCAAACGCCACAACCGAGGUUCAUUUAGGCUGUUAUUUAGGGCUUCCCCAUUCUAUGGAUCGCUACCAUGUGGCUACCAGGUAUCCUUUAUGUGCCUAUCCUCGUCUACCAUAACUGCAGGAACAGUUACGCAUCUACCUUGGUUUCAAUAUGAUAUAAAAAUAUUGAUCAAUUGAAUUUCAGUCUUCCAAAUACUUCAAUCUCGUGUCAAGCCCAUUCCGAUUCAGACUACAAUUCUCGCCGGAUUUUACUCUCCAGCACUUAGGCUACUACUUACAUAGGGCAUUCCCAAACAAUGUCUAAAUCCCCCGAAGAAAAGGGAUUGCCCUCCGGAUUAGCUCAUUUGGAAAAUACAAAGUCGUUCGAAGGUAUCGAGAAAGUCAAGGCUUUUUUGGAAUGGGAUCCGGAGAUAUACAAGGACCCAAAGAAUCACGAAUGGAUGUCGGCUAUAACACCAUAUAUAUCCAUUUUGUCAUAUUCAUCCUCAUUACCACAUCCUAGUAUCACUUUCAAAUUCACCGUUCAUCCCAUCCAUUCUAACGGCCUCAAUAACUUGCAUGGUGGAUGCGCUUCGACUAUUUUUGAUGCAUGUACGACGAUGGUACUUCAUCUCAUCUCAAAACCGGGUUUUUGGCAGUACUCCGGCGUGAGUCGGACGCUCAACGUUACUUAUCUCCGGCCUGUGCCCGUUGGUACUACCGUCCACAUCAAGUGCGACAUUCUACAUGCCGGUCGUAAUCUGUGCGCCUUGAGAGGAGAGAUGAGAUCGGUAGACGAGGAUGGCCGAGAUGGUCCCUUAUUGGUGGUUUGUGAGCACGGAAAAGCCAACACAGAUCCGCCGGCCGAGAAGUUAUGAGGCAGUAUUCAUUGCCGGGUUGGAAUACGAGCAUCAUAUGGGGUGGCUUCCGAAGAUCUUGGGUAUACGAUUAUAACAGUCCAGCGCUGUGAAACAUUCAGCCUAACCAUCCGUUCCAUCUUACAGGCAUCUAUCGAAUCGCGUGAUCAUACCAAGUUUACGAUGCUGCCCAACGGUCUGCCUUGCCUAUUUGUCUUGUAUUUGUUGGGGGAAUAUAACGGAGCGCUAAAAUAAGUCAUGUCGGAAUCACCUUUGGAUCUUGUCGAUGGAGUGGGGUGAAAAUUUGCCAGAGAUCUUCGAUGGAGAGGUACCUAUAAUUCCAUAGGAUCGAACGUAAACAUACUCUUCAUCAUCUAGAUUGCCUCAGCGUUAGGUACUGUCCGAUCGUACCCGAAUUCAACGUCAGGCAGGCUGUAUGCUAGGCAUCUGCAUGGUUCGCAUCCCAGAAGAAGCCUCAAACCCGACCUGACCCCUCACCCCCCCAUUCAAUUUUUCUUCCCAUCAUUGUACGAAUUUCAACAAGAUUCCAUAUAAAUGAUACUAUAGUAAUCGAAAAGUG